AUGCUCCGACAGUCCGUUCUCCGUCUUUCUCGAGCCGCCGUUGCCCGGCCCGCUCUGUCGCGAUCGUUCGUGACCGCCGUCGCCCGACCCCAGCUCGUGCGAGCCGCCCCCGUGUCGUUCAUCCGACACUACUCCUCGGCCCACGUGCUGACCAAGGACAUGAUUCAGGAGCGAAUCGUGGCUCUUCUGGAGUCGUUUGACAAGGUCAAUGACGCCAAGAACAUCACCGCCACCGCCAACCUGACUUCCGACCUUGGUCUGGACAGUUUGGAUGUCGUCGAGGUGGUCAUGGCCAUUGAGGAGGAAUUUGGCCUCGAGAUCCCCGACCACGAUGCUGACGAGAUCAAGACCGUCCAGCAGGCCAUUGACUACGUCUCUGCCCAGCCCGCAGCCGUUUAA